CGCCCUGGCGCCGGCGCGGGAGAGCCCAGCCCGGAGUCCCGCCGCGCAGCCCUGCCGGGUCUCCGGCGAGGCAGGCGGGCCCCCCGUCCGCCCGGGCUCGGGCUGCUCCGGGAAAGGGCCACGACGGGGGCCGGGGCAGGGUCUCCGAAGGGCCGCUAAAAGGCGCCCGGAAAAGGGCUGCCGCGCCCCCAAGCUCGGAGGCCCCGGCGGAGCUGCCCCCGUCCCGCCCCGCUUGGCUCGCGAAGGGGCUCCGCGGCGCCGACACGGAUUCCGCCGCAGCAGCGAGGCGGGCUGUUUCGUUCGCGAACAUCGCCGCGUCACGUGCGCAGGUGCCCGAGCGACGGCUGCGCGGGAGAAACGGCGAGGCGGGCGCGAAUGUCACGUCGGGACGCGCCCGAGGUCUCCCUCCCAACUCCGCGCCCGGGAAGGGGCGUGGCCUCUCCGCCCGCCGGGCGAGCCGCACAUGCGCAUUCCGCCCCUUUUGCCGUUGCCCGGCGACGCCGCGCGCGGCGAGAGGGUGAGCGGCGAGGGAGGAGGGGAGGCCCCGGGACCCCGGAGGCAAAGGAUGAGGAGGAUGAGGAGGAUGAUGAAUCUCCGGGAGGCGUGUCUAAGCUGCUUUGCUUUGGGCAAGACGAGGCGACUAACCCGUGUCGUGACUCCUCAGCAACGCGCUCGUGACGGGUCUCCAUCCCGGCGGGCGGCCCCUCUCCUCUCUCCGGCCCAGGAGCCUUUCUCGCGGGCAGCUUUCCUGGGUCCUGGGCCCGCUUUGGGCGCCCGGCAGGGGCCCCGUGUCCGAAGCCAGAGCGCCGUGAGCUCGGGGGGAUGAGCGACCGGGGCGGGCGAAGAUGUGAAAGCCCAGCUGCUUGGGGGGAGAAAUCCAUUGGGGGUUAACACAAGGGAGGGGCCCCUGGGCAAACUCAGGGCACACGCAGAGCGGGCACAUGCCCGUCGCCAGUCAUGCUCCCUUCACAGCAUCAGGUUUUUUUAUUAAAAUAAUUUUAUUGAGUUUUUCAUUUUUAUCAUAGUAAUAUACCAGAUAACAAAAAAUAGGAAUACAGUUCCCCAAAUUCCCCCCACUUCCCUCAACUUCCUCUUCUGUUUUUUUAAAAAAAAGUAUUACCUUCCCCUGCUUGCUUUAUUACUGUAUAUCUUAAUAUUGAGUUCUUUGUAUCAAAUGUUGUUGUUCUCUUAUCAUUUUAACAUCAUCUUUAUAUUUUCUGUGUUUUGUUCAUUGUAAGUGUUUACUCAAACCCUGCCACUGAGUCCAUUUCUUUUUUUUUUUUAAUAUAAUAUUUAUUGGUUUUACAAAAAUUCCAAAACAUACAAAAAUACAAAAAUUCCAAAGACAAAAAACAACAAUAACAGUGACAAAGGGAAAACAAAAAAUAACAAUAACCAUAACAAAGAAAGAAAAAAGAGAAAAAGAAAAAGAAACAGAAAAAUUUAAAAAUUUAUACUUUCCUUUAACCUUCUUAUCUUUCCUUAGUUCUUUGACUUCCCCGCACCUCCCCACUUGUAUUUCCAUUUAGAAACUCCUUUCAGCAAAUCCUUACCCUCCUUCCUUUAUCUUAACUCAAGAAACUUAAUCUAUUUAUAAAUAGAUAUUUUUACAACCUUAUCAAUCAAAUAUUCCAUACUCUUAAACGCAAGGCUUUUGCCAAUACCAGUUAUUUUCAAUCAGACCUCAAUUUAACAUUCAUUAAUUUUAUAGUAUUUCUGUAGAUAGUCUUUAAAUUUCUUCCAAUCUUCUUCCACCGACUCUUCUCCCUGGUCACGGAUUCUGCCAGUCAUUUCCGCCAAUUCCAUAUAAUCGAUUACCUUCAUCUGCCAUUCUUCCAGAGUGGGUAAGUCUUGUGUCUUCCAAUACUUUGCGAUAAGUAUCCUUGCUGCUGCUGUUGCAUACAUAAAGAAAGUUCUAUCUUUCUUUGGCACCAAUUGGCCAACAAUGCCCAGGAGAAAGGCCUCUGGUUUCUUUAAGAAGGUAUACUUAAAUACCUUUUUCAACUCAUUAUAUAUCCUUUCCCAGAAGGCCUUAAUCUUUGGGCACGUCCACCAAAGGUGAAAGAAUGUACCUUCAGUUUCAUUACAUUUCCAACAUUUAUUAUCGGGCAAAUGGUAGAUUUUUGCAAGCUUGACUGGGGUCAUGUACCACCUGUACACCAUUUUCAUUAUAUUCUCUUUUAAAGCAUUACAUGCUGUAAACUUCGUACCUGUGGUCCAUAACCGUUCCCAGUCAGCAAACAUAAUGUUGUGUCCAACAUCCUGUGCCCAUUUAAUCAUAGCAGAUUUUACCGUUUCAUCCUGAGUAUUCCAUUUUAGCAGCAAGUUAUACAUUCUUGAAAGUGUUUUAGUUUUGGGAUCUAGCAGUUCUGUUUCCAACUUUGAUUUUUCCACCUGGAAGCCAAUUUUUCUAUCCAAAUUAUAGACCUCUCUUAUUUGGUAAUAAUGCAACCAGUCUCGCACUCUAUCUUUUAGUUUUUCAAAGCUCUGCAAUUUGAAUUUAUCUCCUUCUUGUUCCAAGAUCUCCCAAUAUUUUGGCCACUUGGCCUCCAUAUUGGACUUUUUCAGGGCCUUUGCCUCCAUUGGUGAUAGCCACCUUGGGGUUUUAUUCUCCAAUAAGUCUUUAUAUCUUACACUGAGUCCAUUUCUUUGCAUUGUUUCUGUAGAUACAACAUAAAUGGUUCCCAGUCUUUUUUAAAGUCUCUAUUGUCUUUGUCUCGGAGUCUUUCUGUUAGCUUUGCUAUUUCAGCAUAUUCCAUUAAUUUUUGUUGCCAUUCUUCUUUUGUUGGUAUUUCAUCGCUUUUCCAUCUUUGUGCUAGCAGUAUCCUGGCUGCUGCCGUAGAAUCAUAGAAUCAUAGAGUUGGAAGAGACCACAAGGGCCAUCGAGUCCAACCCCCUGCCAAGCAGGAAACACCAUCAGAGCACUCCUGACAUAUGGUUGUCAAGCCUCUGCUUAAAGACCUCCAAAGAAGGAGACUCCACCACACUCCUUGGCAGCAAAUUCCACUGUCGAACAGCUCUUACUGUCAGGAAGUUCUUCCUAAUGUUUAGGUGGAAUCUUCUUUCUUGUAGUUUGGAUCCAUUGCUCCGUGUCCGCUUCUCUGGAGCAGCAGAAAACAACCUUUCUCCCUCCUCUAUGUGACAUCAUUUUAUAUAUUUGAACAUGGCUAUCAUAUCACCCCUUAACCUCCUCUUCUCCAGGCUAAACAUGCCCAGCUCCCUUAGCCGUUCCUCAUAAGGCAUCGUUUCCAGGCCUUUGACCAUUUUGGUUGCCCUCCUCUGGACACGUUCCAGUUUGUCAGUGUCCUUCUUGAACUGUGGUGCCCAGAACUGGACACAGUACUCCAGGUGAGGUCUGACCAGAGCAGAAUACAGUGGCACUAUUCCUUCCCUUGAGCUAGAUGCUAUACUCCUCUUGAUGCCGCCCAGAAUUGCAUUGGCUUUUUAGCUGCCGCGUCACCCAGUUGGCUCAUGUCAAGUUUGUGGUCAACCAAGACUCCCAGAUCCUUUUCACAUGUACUGCUCUCAAGCCAGGUGUCACCCAUCUUGUAUUUGUGCCUCUCAUUUUUUUGUAUAUUUUGUAUAUUUUUUUGUAUAUUUUGUACAUUUUUUAUAUUAUUUUUUUCGUAGCGUACAUAAAUAAUUUCUUCUUCUCUUUUGGCAGAUCUUGACCUGAAACACCUAAUAAAAAAGCUUCUGGUCUUUUAACAAAAGUUAUCAUAAACAUUUUUAAAAUUUCAUUAUAAAUCAUAUCCCAAUAAUUUUGAACUAUCUCGCAAUUCCACCACAUAUGAAAAAACGUUCCUUUUCUUUACAUUUCCAGCACUUAUUGUAGCCUGUUCUAUAUAUUUUUGCAGGUGUGAUAUACCAUCUAUACAUCAUUUUUAUAUAAUUCUCUUUUAACAAUAUACAAUCAGUAAAUUUUAAGUUCAUUUUCCAUACUUUCUCCUAGUCUUCCAUUUGUAUAUUGUCCUAGGUCUUGUGCCCAUUUAAUCAUUACAGAUUUAACCUCCUCAUCUUUUGUUUCCUAUUCUAGUAGUAAAUUAUACGCUUUCUUCAAAAGUUAGGUAUUAUCCUCUAUUUUUUCUCUUUGAAAUCUAGAGAUAGUAUAACUAAAUCCCUUCUUUUUGUCCUCUUUAUUUAUUUAUUUUUUUAAAGUAAUUUUUAUUAAAGUUUUAAACAACAAAGAAAUAAAAGAAAAACAUACACAAUACAUAUAACAAAAACACACAAAAAAAGUAAAACAAAAGCAAGAUUCAACAAUAAAAAGACAAAAAACAUAACAAUUAAAAACAAUAUCUCUUUUUCAUUUCCGUUUUUUAGUUGCUUAUUUUCUGGACUUCCUCAUACCUCCCUCUUUUGUAUUCCAAUCCAAAUUAUUUGUCCAGCAAUUUCUUUUCCACUUUUUUAAUCCCAAUCUUUAACUUUAAUAAAAUAUUGAAGUAUAUAACUUCAACUUCUUUAAACCUGAUCUUUAAUCUUAGUAUCAUAUAACGUUAAAAUUUUCCCUCUUAAUGUCAAAUUUCCGUUUCUUAAAACAUUUUUAUUUUUAUUUUUUUAAAUCAUAUUUAUUAAAGUUUCCAAAAAUAUAAAAAUACAAAGAAAAAAGACAAAAGAAAGAAGAUAUUUAAAAACCUUACUUUCAUUCCCUACUUUCUGGGACUCCCCCUCCCCCAAUUGUAUUCCCUUUUCCUUAAUUUUGUUCUUAAAGCUCUCACUCCAAUUUUAAAGAAUAUUUUGUUUAACCCACUAUCCAGAUUGAAUUGUACAAAUCUUACCACCGUACCACAUCAUUAACAGAAAAAGUAAAAAGAUUUUCCCCAAUAUCAACCCCAGUUCCUUCCACAAAUUCCCUUUUUUAAACACGUCCGAUCAAAGUAAAAUAACAUGCGUAAGUUAUGUAAAGAAAUAGAAAAUAAGAGAUAUAGAAAAAUUCAAAAAUGGUUACACAGCCUUUGGAUUUCAAAUCUCCCCCCUUCCCCGGUUUGAAUUCCCAUGUCCAUCAGUCUAUACAUUAUCAGCUUGGAAGUCUCAUUUCAUGACCAGAUUUCUCCCGAUUCCAUCUUGCCGGUUUUCUUUAGUUUAUUAAUUUAAAUAAUAUUUGACUUCAAAUGUCCAAUCUAACAAAGGCCUUUAAUUUCCUUGAUCUUUACCACUCCUCCCGUUGUUCUUUCCGUGUCGUAAUCAGUCCUUUAUUCUUCUUAUUCCUCACUUUCUCAGGUUUCUUGUCCUGUUCAGCUGCUAAAACUUUCUAAUUCAGAAAUCUAGUGUCUCUGCAGAGGUUUGUUAUUCAGGAACAAAACUUACGUCCAGUCCCUUUCUUUCUUCAAUAAAAAUUCCAUUGUCUUCCUCUGUAGACAAAAUACUCUUUCAGUUUUGCAGCUUUCCCAGAAGAUAACAAAUCCUGUGCGAAUCCCAGGGUAUUUUUCCACUUACGACCGUUCUUGUAGUAUCCCGAAACCCCUCUAGGGGGAUUGUAAUAACUUUGUAUCCUCUAAUCCAAAAGUCAAAUUGUUGCUUAUUUUCCAACAGUUUAUAUCCAUAUUAUAGCAAAUUGUAACAAAAUUAACCAGCAAGGUCCUCAUAACAAAGUCCUCUUUAUAUUCUCCAGCUUUGACAGCCACUUUGACAGCUGUCAAAGUCUCCGUCUCUCUUCACCAGGCUCCACGAAUCGCCCCGGUUCCCAGGGGGGGGGUUGCAUUUUUCUUCUCACCCUCCACUCUUCUCCUCCAGCACAUUUCUUAUAAUUUCCCAUCGUGAAAUUAAUGAUUUUUAUCAGAGACAUACUUCCCUUUGGACCUUGGUUACCCAGUCCUUGUUUUGGAAUGCUUACAAUAGGGGGAUUGACUUCCUUUUAAAUCGCCCCGCUCGUGCCAAAUCCAAAAUUUUGAACCCGGUUUCCCAAUUACUCACGGGUUGUUGUUAAUAGUCCAAAUUUUCAAUAGAAGAAGUCAGCGCUCUCCGUCGAAUGGCAUGCGGCUGCGCUCGGCAGGGAAAGCAGUGGACUCAGCACCACGCCACUCCCGGCACUCCGAUCCGAAGCCUUUAAAAAGGCUCCUUCACGAGUCGGGAGGGCGCUAAUGGUGCAAGCCGAGUCACCCAUGUCCACGGACUCCGUGCCCGUGGUUUUUAAGGGUCCCCGCGUCGCCGGCGCGGUAGGACCCAGCCCCUGCCGAGCAGACUCCCUCCGGAGCUCGGAGGGAGUCCGCCAUUCGGCGAUGGCGCUAACCCGGAAGUCUAAAACAUUUUUAAUCCUAAUCUUUAAUCUUAGUCUAUCAUUAACUUUAACCUGUACAGCACGAAACCGCUUAUUUUCAGUCCAACAUCACUCUAACAUUCUUUAAUUUUGCAAUGUUUCUGAAGAUAGUCUUUAAAUUUCUUCCAAUCUUCCUCCACCGACUCUUCUCCCUGGUCACGGAUUCUACCAGUCAUUUCCGCCAAUUCCAUAUAGUCCAUAAGUUUCAUCUGCCAUUCCUCCAGCAUGGGAAGUUCUUGUGUCUUCCAAUACUUUGCGAUAAGUAUUCUUGCUGCUGUUGCUGCAUACAUAAAGAAAGUUCUAUCCUCUGGUUUCUUAGGGAAGGUAUACUUAAAUACCUUUUUUAAUUCAUUAUAUAUCAUUUCCCAGAAAGCCUUAAUCUUUGGGCACGUCCACCAAAGGUGAAAAAAUGUACCUUCAGUUUCUUUACAUUUCCAACAUUUAUUAUUGGGCAAGUGAUAGAUUUUUGCAAGCUUGACUGGGGUUAUGUACCACCUGUAUAUCAUUUUCAUAAUAUUCUCUCUUAAGGCAUUACAUGCCGUAAAUUUCAUCCGUGUGGUCCAUAACUGUUUCCAGUCAGCAAACAUAAUAUUAUGUCCAACAUCCUGUGCCCAUUUAAUCAUAGCCGAUUUUACCGUUUCAUCCUGAGUAUUCCAUUUCAGCAGCAAGUUGUACAUUCUUGACAAAUUCUUAGUUUUAGGUUCUAACAAUUCUGUUUCUAAUUUGGAUCUUUCCACCUGGAAGCCAAUUUUCCUGUCCAAUUUAAAUGCCUCCAUUAUCUGAUAAUAAUGAAGCCAGUCUCGCACUUUGUUUUUUAGUUUUUCAAAACUCUGCAAUUUCAGUCUAUCUCCGUCUUGUUCCAAAAUUUCCCAAUAUUUCGGCCAUUUGACCUCCAUAUUGACCUUUUUGUCCUCUUUAAAUACCUCAUUCAACUGGCGAUAUUGCAGCCAAUCAUAUACAUGUUCUCUGAUCUCUUUAAGAACUUGACAGCAUCAGUCUUAAAAGCGCAAUAAAAAUAGUCACGGCGCAGAUAUCCAAGAUCCAAAAGACUUGCUUUGCUUCAGCUUUGCCCAAGUUUCCUGGAGAUUUUACUAAUGAUGCACCUUGGGAUAAAAAGCUUGACUGUUCUGAAAGGACCGAGCCUUUCUACAAGAACACAUGACCUGUGUGCUCAGGACGUGUUGGGCCGCCUUGGGUUUCGCAGAGCCCCCUCUUCCUCUCUGCUCACCUUGUUGCUCUUCUCUUUCCAGGGGGAUGAGUGCCAAGAAGGCGGCAGCAGCAGGAAAGCCUCCACUUCGGAAAGGGGCAAAGCCGGCAGCUCCAGCAAAGGGGGUCCCUGUGAAGGCAGGUAUAGUACCCAUGGGGAGGAGGAGGGCAGGGCUGAGGCUCUGCUGCAGAGCCAGCUGUGAGGAUCUACUGCACAGUCCAGGGUGUGGAGCAAGGGGUGCUGCAGGAUUUCUGCUUGUCUUGAGGAGUAUACAAAAUGUACUAUGCUAUAUAUAAUAUAUUCGGGGCAGCUCAAAUGUAUUUUGUGGUUCCGCUUGCCUAAGUGCAGAACCUCGCAUUUGCGCCUGUUGAAGUUCAUUUUUUUAGCUUGGGCCGAGUUCCCCAAUCUGUUAAGGCAGGAUUCUGUCUUCUGCAGCACUAGCUACCCCGGUGACAAUUAGCAUUUUUUGAAUUUGGUUUCUCUUUUAUUUUCCCGCUGGCUCGGGGCCCACAAUUGAUGGAAAAGAUGCUGCCCUACCAAGCAACAGCACCAGACCCCAAGAAGUGUCCCUGAGCAGCCAUCCCAAAGGUAGGCAGCGGCACAGCAGAUGCUAAUCGGGGUGGGUGGGUCUGCAAGGCCUUUGUGGCAGGGACUUAAUGGUGGUGAAAUAUGGCGGGGGAGGAGAGCAGAGACUCUCUUGAACAGGUUUGGUGCAAGAUUUUCCUCUGAGCCCGACUCCUUGUAGGCAGGCUGGCUUAUUCCCACAGUCAGCCCCACCACUGUUUGUGGCACUUCAUGGAGAGCUGUUAAGCAAGAACAAAAAUGAGGCAGGCUCUGACCCCCCCCCCCCCACACCUGGAGGGAUGGCAGAGGAAGGGGGACAAGGAAUAGUGAAGAGCAAAUGCAGCUGUUGGGCUCAGCCCAUUUAUUUAAUGUGUUCAUUUGUUGUUUAGUCGUUUAGUCGUGUCCGACUCUUCGUGACCCCCUGGACCAGAGCAUGCCAGGCACUCCUGUCUUCCACUGCCUCCCGCAGUUUGGUCAGGCUCAUGUUUGUAGCUUCGAGAACAAUGUGUUCUUAGACAUGUGUUCAUAGACAGCCAUUAAAGGCAAAACCCCUCACAGGGGAAUGAGGACCAGGAGCAGCACUAAAGUUUGUUACUUUCUUGUGAAAACGAUGAGGGUUAUGUUUUAUUUACGAGUUAGGUGCCUCAAAAAAUUAAUGUGCCAGAAUGAUAUACAGCCGAAAAAACAAAUUUAAACAUAACAGCACUAAUUCCAACAAUGUCAUCCUAAGAAGUCAGAAACAAGGCCAGAUGGACUCCAGAAACAACCAGAGUCUGGAAAGGCUCCAGAUCUCUGCAUUCAAAAUACCUGUUUGAGGGGAACACCCUGCUGCCAUCUCCUCCUCCAAUCUGCGUUGACCAGCAAAAAAUGUUACUUCGACUGACCUUUUCAUGUUGUGUAGAAUUUCUUUUCUCUGCAGGAAGUUUGUGACUAGGUUCCCCUCAGUUUUUUUCACCAGAGUUGAAGAAGCAGAGAAAAGGAGCAAGUAGCUCAGCCUUGUACCUACGCCCUUGCCUGGUAACUGUAGCUCUGUGUGAGAGCUCAUGUCUGCUGCGAGCUGGCUGGCUGGGAGGGGAGGGGAGGCCUGCCCCCUCCCUCCUGUGGGCCCAAGUCUCCAGAGAUAUGGAAUUGCCCCCCUCUUUUGCCAGCCUCCAGGCUAGUAGCAUUUGGAGGCUCAUUUACAAGGCUGAAGUACCUCUCUGGCUCAGUGCUGCAAAAAUGCUUCGCUGGUGUGGCUGUAAAGCAGGACUGAGGUAAGGCAAGACAAUAGACUGUACGUGGGGAACCUUCACCUGGAGAGCCCCCUAUCCCUAUCCCACAAGCGCCAUCACCUCCUAGGACCUAAACCACCAGCAAAUCCCUUGGGAUUCCCUUUUAUGGCCCUACACUUCUGCUUUCUGCCCUCAGAGCUGACGCGUGAAGCAAAGGCUGCGCUCACGUUGCAGAGUGCCUUCCGCCGCAUCUUGGCAUGUCGCGAGAGAGCGAGGCGAUUGCAAGAGCGACAGGAGUACAAUGAGUUAAUGGACCGCCUCCAGAGAGAGGUGAGGUGACACUUGGCUUUGGGAACAUGAGAGAAGCCCCCUCCAGGGGGAAGGGAAGCUGGGACAGACAUCAUCAACAUGAAGGCAUUGUAGACGAGACAGAAAAUCCAGUCCAGGGCUCGCUUGUGAGGGUGGUUGCUGGGGAAACAUCUCUGGCUUGAAGCUCAGGCUAAAGUCCUCCAGAUCUUCCUGUGGUCUCCCCGUGCUUUGCAUUCUUCUGGAUGCUCUUCCGCUGCCCAUCAGUGUGGAAAGCCUUCCUCUGUUUUGCCUCUCCGUGACUUGGCCUGUUGGCUCCAUGGGCUUCUGUCCUAGGCCUUUGCUGCGCUGGUGAAGAGGGAGCGAGAGGAAGCUGAGCGGGAGAGAAAGAAAGAGGAGGAAGAGAAGAAGAAGCAGCGGGAGGAGCAGCAGAGGAGGAAGCGGAUGUUGGAAGCGGCCUUUGAUGGGGACGUGGAAGAGAUGAAGGCCGUCCUGAAGGAGGUGGGCAAGGCCUCGCUGUAGUCAGAAUCACUCAGCCCUACCCUCAGCUUGUGGCUUCUGAGCUGUUUGCCUGGCAGCGCCUGAUCUCAUGGCCUGUGCAGGCAAAUUAGAGUCUCAAAAUGAGGACAGAGGGACCACAUGUGCACUUUGGACAGAGCGGGGGUGGCUUCAAGGAAGGCACAGAGGCUGCAUCAGGUGAAACCGACUGGACAAAAUAACCUCGGUAGCAGCACGGGGUACUUCAGCUGGAGUCAAGCUCACCCUCAACUUUAUACUCAAAGUGCAUAGCCGGUUGCUCAUAGGGCGCCCUGGGGAAUCCAGAGGUUCUGCUCUUGCACUGGGAGUCAGUAACCUCUGCACCGUCCAAAAUAAGUUUGCCAGCCGGCUCCCGGAUGAAACCAUGUGAGCUGCAAAAUGAGCCUUUUUCGCAGCCUGCGCUGCCACGUGGUAGGCACGAUUGUGUGUUCUUACCAGUGUUUGGUCAGCUUCAGAGUGAGACUUGUGCCACUUGGCUCCAGGCUUCGUCCACCCUGUUUCGUAUUCUGGUGCUCCUCAAAGUACCAAGUAGCAGCCAGGUGUUUUUUGGGCAGGAGUUGUUCUGAUUGUUUCUCUCUUCUUCCACAAAUCCUCUCCCCGCACCCCACCCUGGGACCUGCACUCUGCAGCCUUCCCACAUGCCCUUGUUUCAGUGAAGGCUCAGCAGAGACACCAUGAGGUCACGUCCCCCUCAGGGCUUGUUCAUAUCAGAAGGAAAGGCCUGCAGAGUGCGGAAGUAGUGUUUACUGGGGGUGAGGACCCCUGGGCCACCCUCAGCCAACUUGCAGCAAUAAGGUAAUCUCACUGCAUCCACUGAAAAUCUAAAGUGCCCUGAGAAUGAGGCAGAAAAAUAGAAGCCUCUCUAGCAUAGAAAGAAAACAUUUGAGAAAUUGAAGGGCAGAUUUUGGCACAUUACUAGUUUUACCACCCUGACUAAUUAGGUGUUGUCAGUAAUCUGGGCCUCACUGUGUUCAGCCCUGACUCCAGACAAUUUGCGGCCCUGAUGUCUGCCCACAUGUGAGGUUUUUGUACCAGUCCAACAGCCAGGUUCCCUGAGCAACUGAACCUUCUGUGCUGCCACCGCAGCUCAGCCCAUCAGUGUCAGCAGCAGCUUCAUAGCACAACUCCAGAAGGUCACUACACCGAGUUGGAGACUUCUUUGUGCCUUUUCUAAGCUGCAGGUUCAGGCUUUGCAGCCAGAAUUUAUGUGUGAGGGAGUAAAGCACAGGGGAGUUGCUGUUGUUGCUGCAAGGUUUAUUCAGCACCAAAAAUGUGUAAAAGCCAUGCCGUGGCUUUGCUCAGAGAAACAAAGCAGGGAGUGGAAAAAGGACCAGAUUGCUAGAGUGUAAGAGCUGCCUUCCUGGAUUGGGCCCAGGUGAGCCUAUCAAGCUCAGUAUGUCCUGUUUCCCGUCUCCGCCAACACAGCACGGCAGAGCUUCCUUUAGUUUGUUCUUUUGGCCUGCUCUCUGCGUGGGGCUUGUUUUGCCAGCUCUUGUGUUCUUUCUGAAAAGCCACUGAGGUUGGGGGCCACUGCCUGAGUGUGUGGGGAUGGAUUUUUUUUUAAUGAUAUUUAUUAAAAUUUCAGAGAAUACAAGAAUUACACAAAAACAAAAAGUAAAAAUACAAGAAAAUACAAAAUACAAAUUGCAAAAAAAGAGUAAAAGACACUUAAAAAGGAAAAAAAAGAAAAAGGAAAAUGGAUCAUUCUUUCCAUAACUUACAUUCAUAUCCUUGUUUCCCUGACCUCCUCAUACCUCCCUUUCUUGUAUUCCAGUUCAAUUAGUUAAGUCAGCAAUUUCUUUCCCUCUUUGUUUUCUCAUGAUUCUUUAACUUAAUAUAAUAUAACUUUAAAUUUUCAUCUGUUAUCAGUCCUUUUUUACCUACACCUUUAUAACAUUACUGCUUAAACCACCUAGCUUCAUUCCAACAUCAUUCUAACAUUCAUUAAUUUUACAAUAUUUCUGUGAAUAGUCUUUAAAUUUCUUCCAAUCUUCUUCCACCGACUCUUCUCCCUGGUCUCGGAUUCUGCCAGUCAUUUCCGCCAGUUCCAUGUAGUCCAUCACCUUCAUCUGCCAUUCUUCCAGAGUGGGUAGAUCUUGUGUCUUCCAAUACUUUGCAAUAAGUAUUCUUGCUGCUGUUGUGGCAUACAUAAAGAAAGUUCUGUCCUUCUUUGGCACCAUUUGGCCGACCAUGCCCAGGAGAAAGGCCUCUGGUUUCUUUGGAAAGGUAUAUUUAAAUACCCUUUUCAUUUCAGUAUAAAUCAUCUCCCAGAAAGCCUUAAUCCUUGGGCACGUCCACCAAAGGUGAAAAAAUGUACCUUCAGUUUCUUUACAUUUCCAACAUUUAUUAUCGGGCAAGUGAUAGAUUUUUGCAAGCUUGACUGGUGUCAUGUACCACCUGUAUAUCAUUUUCAUAAUAUUCUCUAUUAAGGCAUUACAUGCCGUAAACUUCAUACCUGUGGUCCAUAACUGUUCCCAGUCAGCCAUCAUUAUGUUAUGUCCAACAUCUUGUGCCCAUUUAAUCAUAGCAGAUUUCACCGUUUCAUCCUGAGUAUUCCAUUUUUUUUCUUAAGAUAUUUAUUAAGAUUUUUUAAAAUAUUACAAUAAGAAUGAAAAAAAGAAAAAAAAUGACAAAAAUACAAAAUAAAAAUAAUUAAAAACACACAGAUUUUCCAUUACUUAUUUUCCUUUGACUUAUUUCCCGGACCUCCUCAUACCUGCCUUUUUUGUAUUCCACUUUAAUCUGUUGGUUCAGCAAAUCCUUUAAAAGUAAUAAUAUUAAAUUUUUACCUAUUUAUAACCCUUUUUUCAUAUUCCCUUAAAGCAUUACAGCUGGAAACCACUUAAUUACUAUCCAACAUCAUUCUAACAUUCAUUAAUUUUACAAUAUUUCUGUAGAUAAUCUUUGAAUUUCUUCCAAUCUUCUUCCACCGACUCUUCUGCCUGGUCUCGGAUUCUGCCAGUCAUUUCUGCCAGUUCUAUAUAGUCUAUCACCUUCAUCUGCCAUUCUUCCAGAGUGGGUAAAUCUUGUGUCUUCCAAUAUUUUGCAAUGAGUAUUCUUGCUGCUGUUAUGGCAUACAUAAAAAGAGUUCUAUCCUUCUUUGGCACCAAUUGGCCGACUAUGCCCAGGAGAAAGGCCUCUGGUUUCUUCAAAAAGGUAUGUUUAAAUACCUUUUUCAGUUCAUUAUAUAUCAUUUCCCAGAAGGCCUUAAUCCUUGGGCACGUCCACCAAAGGUGAAAGAAUGUACCUUCAGUUUCUUUACAUUUCCAGCAUUUAUUGUCGGGCAAAUGAUAGAUUUUUGCAAGCUUGACUGGGGUCAUGUACCACCUGUAUAUCAUUUUCAUAAUAUUCUCUCUUAGGACAUUACAUGCCGUAAACUUCAUACCUGUGGUCCAUAACUGUUCCCAGUCAGCAAACAUAAUAUUAUGUCCAACAUCUUGUGCCCAUUUAAUCAUAGCAGAUUUCACCGUUUUAUCCUGAGUAUUCCAUUUCAACAGCAAGUUAUACAUUCUUGACAAAUUCUUAGUUUUGGGUUCUAACAGUUCUGUUUCUAAUUUUGAUUUUUCCACCUGGAAGCCAAUUUUCUUGUCCAAAUUAUAUGCCUCCAUUAUCUGAUAAUAAUGAAGCCAGUCUCGCACUUUAUUUUUUAGUUUCUCAAAACUCUGCAGUUUCAGUCUAUCUCCAUCUUGUUCCAAAAUUUCCCAAUAUUUCGGCCAAUUGGCCUCCAUAUUGAGCCUUUUCAGAGCUUUCGCUUUCAUCGGUGACAGCCACCUUGGGGUUUUAUUUUCCAACAAAUCCUUAUAUCUUAUCCAAACAUUAAACAGUGCUUUCCUAACAAUAUGGUUUUUAAAUGCUUUAUGCGCUUUGACCGUGUCAUACCACAGAUAUGCAUGCCAUCCAAAUACAUUGUUAAAACCUUCUAAGUCCAAAAUGUCUGUGUUUUCAAGAAGCAACCAUUCUUUCAACCAGCAAAAAGCUGCUGAUUCAUAGUAAAGUUUAAAGUCUGGCAGGGCAAAUCCACCCCUUUCCUUUGCAUCAGUUAAUAUCUUAAAUUUUAUUCUGGGCUUCUUGCCCUGCCAGACAAAUCUAGAAAUAUCUCUCUGCCACUUCUUGAAACAGUCCAUCUUGUCCACAAUUUGCAAUGUCUAAAACAAAAAGAACAUUCUAGGCAAUACAUUCAUUUUUAUCACAGCAAUACGACCCAACAAUGAAAGCUUCAAAUUUGACCAGAUUUCUAAAUCUUUUUUUACUUCCGUCCAACAUUUUUCAUAAUUAUCUUUAAAUAAGUUCCCAUUUUAGGCUGUCAUGUUAAUCCCCAGGUAUUUCACUUUCUUAACCACAGUCAGGCCUGUCUCAUUCUGAAACCUCUCUCUUUCAAUCAGUGUUAAAUUUUUCUCUAAAACCUUAGUUUUUAACUUGUUCAGUUUAAAUACUGCCAGUUGACCAAAUUCUUGAAUUAGUUCUAAAACCCUUUUAGUACUAGAUUCUGGCUCCUGUAACGUCAAUACUAAGUCAUCUGCAAAUGCUCUCAGUUUGUACUGUUUGGCUCCGACCUGUAUACCUUUAACCAACUGGUCCCUUCUAAUCAUGUUCAGCAGAACCUCCAGGACCGAUAUAAAAAGCAGUGGGGAGAUUGGGCACCCCUGUCGUGUCCCUUUUUCUAUCUUAAAUUCUUCCGUCACCACAUUAUUUACAAUUAGUUUAGCCUUUUGUUCUGAAUAAAUUGCACUUAUACCAUUUUCAAAACCUUGGCCUACCCCCAUCCCCUGUAGGUUCUUCUUCAUAAAACUCCAAGAGAUAUUAUCAAAGCUUUCUCCGCGUCCACAAAUAUCAAAACUGCUUUAGUAUUUAUGUUCACUUCUAGUUUUUCCAAAAUAUCAAUUAUAUUCCUCAAAUUAUCGGACAAGUGUCUUCCCGGGAGAAAGCCCGCUUGGUCUUUAUGAAUCUCUUCCAUCAAUACUUUUUUCAAUCUCUUGGCCAAAAUGUCUGCAAAAAUUUUGUAAUCCACAUUAAGCAAUGAGAUGGGGCGGUAGUUCUUAAGUUGCGUCUUUUCAGUUUCUGUUUUCGGUACAAGUGUAAUAUACGCUUCUUUCCACGACUCUGGUGCCCUUUUCCCUUCCAAUAUUUCAUUGCAGACUUCCUUCAAAGGUUGUACCAACCAUUCUUUUAAGGAUCUGUAAUAUUUAGAGGUCAGUCCAUCCAGUCCUGGAGAUUUACCUAGUUGCAUAUUCUGAAUGGCACCUUCUACCUCCUGUUCAGUUAUUUUAUAGUUCAACAUUAAUUUAUUUUCUUGAGAGAUUUUUUGUAAUCCAUUUGUUUUCAAAAAUCGGUCUACGUCAAUUUCUGUGGCCCUUGUAUAUAUAGUUGUUUAAAGUACCUCUGGAAACAGUUUAUAAUCUCAACUGGGAUCUGUAUAUUCCUUCCUUCCACUUCUAAAUUUGUAACAGUAUUUAAUUUUUGUCUUUUUUUCAUUUGCCAGGCCAAUAAUUUCCCACAUUUAUUGGCCGACUCAAAUGUCUUUUGUCUCAUUUGUUUAAUUUUCCAUUCUAUCUCCUGAUUCAUCAUUUUCAUAUAUUGUACUUGAUAUAACUUUAUUUCUCUCAAUAUCUCUUGCGACUUUGGUUUUGCUCUCAAUUUCUUUUCACUUUCCUUUAUUUUCUCCAAUAUUUUAUCCUUCUUUUCAUUUUGGAUUCUCUUCUUUAAUGCAUUCUGUUGUAUCAAGAACCCUCUCAUAACAGCUUUGCUUGCGUCCCAGAUUACUCUUUUUCAACAUUGGUGUUCAUAUUUAUCUCAAAAUAGUCUCUCAAGGUUUUUUGGGCCUUCUUAAUCACUUCUUCAUCUCUGAAUAAGGUGUCAUUCAUCCUCCAUCUGAAGGAACCGGUUGGUGUUAGUUUCAUCUCCAUCUUAACAGCAUUAUGGUCGGAGCAGGUUUUUGGGCAGAUUUCCACUUUUCUUAUCUUUGGUGCCAUUCCUCUAGUUACCCAUAUUUGGUCAAUUCUUGUCCCCAAAAUGGAGUUUUAAACUCUAAUAAAUUCUUGUACCUAUUCCAUACUUCAAUCAGCGGACCUCGGAAUAUGUGAUUUUCAAAACCUUUGUGCACUCUUUUUUUCUCAUACCAUAAAUAUGCGUGCCAACCAAAUCUAUUAUCAUAACCUUCUAAAUCCAACAAUUCUCUAUUUUCUAACUUUAUCCAUUCUUUCACCCAGCAAAGACAUGCAGCCUCAAAAUAUAUAUGCCAGGAAAGUCUUGCUGCUAAGACGCUUGGAGGUGGCAGGUGCGGGGGGCCGGGAGGAUGUCCCAGGCUGGUGCCAUGCUGGUUCUGGGUGCGGAGCCCAUGCUCCCUGCAUGGCAAGGGCCCCCUUUCCUGCUCUGCAGUGGCGCAGGGCAGAAUCGCCAUGGCCCUUCCCCACUGUGACCCACAGAUUUGGUUUCUCAAGGUGGCAGAGCUGGACACCAAGAGCGGCCUGGGGACAGACGAGAGGGGCAAGGCUCUGCGCCUCCAACAUCGCCUCAACAUGGUGGACUGCACUGACGCCAACGGCAACACGCCCCUCUCUGAGGCUUCUGGAGGGGGCCACCCUGACGCCAUCCGGAUGCUGAUAGAGAACGGAGCCAACCCCAACAGCCGGGUGAGAAGCAGGGUGAAAGGCGUUGUGGCCUUGAGCCAGAGCCAAGGUGGUGCUUGGGGGGCAGAGUGAUUCCGUGUCCCUGACCAGCCGCCUGCUUUCCUGGAGGCUGCUUUGCAGUUGACAUGAAGGGUGGUGGGCCAGCACCUCAAACCUCCCUCCCCUGGGAUUGCCAGCAAGGCUGGUGCCACAAGUGCCACUGGCUCACCUCUCUGGUGUCUCUGGCUUGGCAACUGGUGUGCAGGUGAGGCAGCCAGCAUACCUAAGAGGGUCACAGCCUGGUCUUCAAACUGGCUCUUCAGCAACCAGCAAGGGAAAGAGAGGGCAGAGUCCUGGGGAGGCAGCCUUGCACCCCACAGGGUUGGGGCCACAGCAACCAAAACUCAGUUUGCUUGAGCCAAAUGUGCUGCUGGAAAUUCUGCGUGGCAAAUUAAUAAUGUGAAGGAGUCUUGCUUGCUUUCUGUCUCCCCCUUCUCUCUGUGUAUUUAGCCCAUGCUGAGGGAUUUCACUGUUAAAACAAGAUUUUUUUUUUGUAACCUGAUGGGCCAAAGGCCAAGGGUUCUGUAGUCCCAUGUGUAAUGUCACUUCACGGACCAAACCCUUGACAGAUAAGGUCAGAUAAAAUAGCAUUGUGGUAAUGACUUAUCAGGAACAGCUAAGCUGUGGGGAGGAUCACCUGGCGCCUUCAUUACAUAUCUUUGGGCACCAGGCAAAAAUGAUUCUUUUUAACCAGGCCCUGGCUGACUAUGGCCUUUUAAAUGUGUUUGUGGGACGGGGUUGUUGGUUGGUUUUAUUUUGUGUUCUCAUUUUAUUUUUAUGUUGUGAAUAUAACAUAUGUUAUACUCAGAUGAAGAGCGGUAUACAAAUUCAGUUAAUAAAUAAAAUAUAUUGCUGCAUAUCUAUAAUUCUUUCUCUAAGCAGCUUAAAUUAAGAAUAAACUGAUGAAUAAGGGGUUGGAGACAGUUAAGAUUUUUUUCCUGUGUGUGUGGUUGUGGUCGGGUUGGUGGCGUGUGGAGUCCUGUCCUUGCCAGGAUGGAAAAGUGUUGGGGAGGCAGGAGGCGCUGCACCUGUUGAAUUGCCUUUGGACAUAGGAAGGUGUGGGUGGGAGGCAGGUGGGUCAUCCUGGGUGAUGGGGGCAUGGAUGGUUGCCACAAUCCCUGCAUCAGUCUCUGUGUACCUGGUUGCUUCCCCAUGGAGCUCCCUGCGCCUUCUUUGUGCCUUGUUAGUUUGGGGAGGAGACCUCUUGCUUGUGGCUGAAGAGCCUGCCUGCUGGACAGAUGAAAGAAAAGGUCUUCACACAGCAUGGGGGCUUCCCAAAAGAGGUGUCUGGCUGGCUACUCUGAGAACAUAGAUGGGCCUUUGGCCUGAUCCAGCAGCUGGGGGGGGGGCAGGGCAAAGCCUCCACCAUACCUAGUAGCCACGGAUAGCCUUGUCCUCCAUGCUGUUGUCUUUGACCACUUCCUGGGUCUGGGAAAUAUGGCUGUUGCCUGUUGUGGAUGGAGUCACACUCUCUGGAGGAGCAGCUAUGCAGGCGGAGGACAGGUCUGUCUCCAUCUUUGUCCCUGGAGGCAGAAGUGGAUUCAGGUGCUGGGAGCACCUUCUGACAAUAUGGCCCUGUGACAGCUGCGGCUGUCCCUGGAUUGGGAGGUUCCCUUUGGUCCGCUCAGAGCUGCAUCUUCAGUGUGGCAGCUCCCGCCCCUGGCCAGGCAUCAAAAGUAUCGGCAUGGAGGCAUCAACGUAAAACUCUUCUCUCUUACCCUUGGCUUUUCCUGGUGGCAUAGAAAUAUUUGUAAACCAAGAAUUAAAAUAAAUAUGACAGGGCAUCUGAGUCAGUCCGAGGGUGAGCAAGAGCACCUCUGGCAAUAGGAGGAGACUCCACCUCUGCAGCCCUGAGGGGCCAUGCUGUGCUGGAAGAGCAAGUGCAGAGCAAGUGGUGAAAGACCCUCCUCUGAUGUCCUCGAAGAGCCUGGGAUGGAACCUCACAGGGAAUCCAUCUUCCUAGUUAGUCUCUUCUCACCAUCCAGCCAGAAUGCACAAGGGAGGCAGUGGACGUCCGUGUCUUCAGUCUGUGCUGAAGAUUCACUCCUUGGUAACAGGCAGCCAAUAACUGUCGUUCUAGCAGAUGGUAUAUUGCAAGUCCAAUUCUCCCCCAUUCCAGAGGCAACCAGAACUCAUUUUUUAAAGAGUAAAAAGUUCUCAGAUGCUUUCCCUGCAUUGACAGAAUUAGAGAACUGUUGGAGUGUACUGUAAAGAGAUUGUUAGUGGCAUGAAUGUGCCUCCUGCGGAUGCUUCGCUUCCAGCUGCCUUCCUUCUGUAAACCCUGUUUGAUCUUCAGCCCCCUUUAUUUUUAAGGGCGCUUUUAACCGGACUCCUUUGUAUCGUGCUGCCUUUGCGGGCCACCUGGCAGCAGUGGAGCUGCUUCUCCAGCACGGGGCUGACCCUCGACUCUAUGCUGAUGACGGCAACACCCCAGAGCAGGUACCAACCCCAGCCGCCUCCCCCAGCAGCUGCUCUUCUCCUUGGCCUUGAGCUCCAGGUAGGCUGUUUCCACCAGGCCACCUGGCAAGAGAGCAAAGUACCGUAUUUUUCGCCCUAUAGGACGCACUUUUUCCCCUGCAAAAAUGAAGGGGAAAUGUGUGUGCGUCCUAUGGGGCGAAUUCAGGCUUUCGCUGAAGCCUGGAGAGCGAGAGGGGGCGGUGCGCACCGACCCUUAUGGCUCUCCAGGCUUCGGGAAGCUAUCCGCAAGUCUUGCAAGCCCGGCGGGAUGUCCCGCGGGCUCGCAAGGCUUGCGGGCAGCAGCCUGCAGCCCAAAAGCUCGGGGGACAGCGGGGAGGCGGAGCGCCGCCACCCUGCUAUUCCCCGACCUGAUCUGGAGGCUGGCGGGGGGGGGGGAGAAGCAAGCUUGCUUCUCCCCCCUGCCAGCCCCACAAGCUCGCGGGAUAGCGGGGAGGCGGAACUCUGCCACCCUGCUAUUCCCUGACCUGAUCUGGAGGCUGCGGGGCCCCGCCAGCCCCACAAACUCGGGGAACAGCGGGGCAAGCCGCUGCCCCACGGAGGCUAGAGAGGCUGUCCCUGAAGGCAGAAGAGGGAGACGGAGCGUUCCGUCUCCCUCUUCUAGCUUGGGGAUGGCUGUGCAAACCUGGGGGGGAAAUAAAAUUUCCCCCCUUGAUUUCCCCCCCAAAAAACUAGGUGCGUCCUAUGGGCCAGUGCGUCCUAUAGGGCGAAAAAUGCGGUAACUGAAAGAGAAGGGGAGCUGGUGUCCCUGAAGAAGCCAUGGAGAGAGAAGAGAGCAAGGGUGAGAGCGAGAGUGCCCUUGUCACUGCAUGCCAGGCCUGGUGGCUUGGAUGGGCAUUUCAAGCCCACAGCCCUUUUGUCUCUCCCAAGAUUGCUUCCCUGGACAGCUUGGUGGCUGUGCUGAACUCCUGGGACAUCAGCCUGACAGAGUCCAUGCUCCAGAAGAUGGAGGCAGAAGAGCAGCGAAGGGCGCAGCAGGACAAGAAGCAGAAAGAAGCAGAGACCCGACGGUGAGCCCUGCCAGGGAAGCUGCAGCUUGUGGGCAGCUGCUCUUCAGGGCUCAGGGCAGGAUCAAGCUGUAGGAGCUUUUGCAAAGGCACCCACUGGCACCCCCCCAUCCCACUGCAGCCAUUGUACGGCUCACCUGCUGUCACCUGGAGCCACUAGGUGCUGGCUCAGCCUGGAAGGUGACCCCAUAAAAAACAACCCCAGUGGAGCCAGUUGGAUUCCAGGGACAGCUCAGUCAGUAGACUCAAGGAGGGGGGGGGGGCAAGCUCAUGGUGUCCUGUAUCAGGCAGGGAGGGGUGCUUGAGCAAGCUGCUGAUGGAUUAGACCACAGGCAACCUUAUUCACCAUUCAUGUGUCUCCAACCCAGAUUGGCGGCCAUCACUACAUCUGGUGUUUCUUUAUAAACUACUUGAAGAAGUUGUCUUUCCUUUGGUGUGUCCUCAGCCUCCCACAUUCAGCUUCAUGGAAAGCCCUUGCUGGGCUUUAGGAUUGAGAGGGAGGAAAGAGUUUGCUAAAGCACCUGGGGAGUGGCAGCGAAGGGAGUCUGGCUGCAGCCUGUUGGCCCCUUCUCACUGCCAGCACAUGCCAGAGCCCACCAGGGCACCUGCCCCAUGGGAGCCAGAGAUGCUCCUGCCUGCCAAUGGGGAGGGAGGCUCUGGGGGCAGAGCCCUCCCCCUUCCCACCUUGGGCUCCCAGGGGUCCCCAUGGCCAGGGCAAGAGGGAGCAGGAGGAGGGCAGAAGGCGGUGGCUGGUGCAGGGAGGCUCUCCCCUUUGCCAACUGUUACUAUGACCAGUGACUACCAUGAAUCAUUGAGUGGCUGCUCUCAGAAGGAGGCUGCAGUUGCCCUCCGCUGGACCCCCCACCUGCUCCUGCUGCUAUUUCUCCUCAGACAGCUCACAUGGCCGUGCCAGCUGCUUCAGAUCUUCUGGUUUUCUUAAUAGAAGGAAAGAGAGUACUUACUUUGUUUUGGCAAUUCAUGCUAUGAUUUUACAUUUAAUUUUGACUGAAUGGUUACACUUUGUUCAAGAAUGACUUGCUUAUUGCAACAAACACUUGGAGAAAAAUCCUUUUCUUGUUAAAUUUGUUACGCGCUUACUCUGUUGUUUUCUUUUUUAUAAUACUAUUAAUUGAUAAAAGUUUCCUUAACAGAAGGAGAAAGAUCAGGAGAAUUAAAUGUAUAUUGCCAGCAAUUACAAUGAUAGAAUUGUAGUUGGAAGAGGUCCUUAAGGGCCAUUUAGUCCAACCCCAUUGCAUGCUGGUGGGGAAGGAGAGGCAACUUCUUGAAGAGGGUCUCUGCAGCCUCUGACUCCUCUUUCCCCUCCCCAGGAUGACAGAGGAGGUAGAGCAGCUGGCCAAGGAGCACGAGAGAUGCAGCAAGGAGGUGGGAGCCAAGAAGCUCUAUGCGGCCAUCCCCUUGUCUCUAUGGUCUUCCUUCCCAGAAGGCCCUCGGGUCUUGCCUGCCUUGGCACCUGCUGGCGCUGGGGUGGAUUUCAUGCCCUCUCCUUGAGCCAUGAGGGGGCUGUGCAGCAGGGCCCUGGCCCUCCCCGCUAUGGGGAGAAGCCACCCAAGGCUGGGCCCUCCCGCAGCCCCAGCUGUGUGGGUGUCCUCGUUCCUCCCUCUCCAUUUGCCAAAGGCUGGGCCUGCUCAUCCUCUUUGCAGCUGCAGCAGGCCUACUGCGAGCUGAACCGGAGGAUCACAGAGCACGACAAGUGCCAGCGGAAGCAGAUGGACAACGCGGAGAUCACCCUCCAUGUGAGCACCACCUUCCUGUAGCCUCUCUGAGCAGGCAGGCUUCUCUCUCACAGAGCCAUGCCCUUGCCCACCAAUGAGGAUGGCAUCCAAGUGGGUAGGAGAGCCUGAGCUCUCUGCCUUCUGUGCAGCUGGGGUCGAGGGCUUCCUGUUCCUUGGCCUGGCACCUUGGCUGUGUGCUGUUGAGCAACCCAUAAGCUGGUGGAGGGAGUGCCUGCUUGGCCUGCAGAAGGUGUGCCUGGGAAGAUUCCUGCCUGGCAUCCACUGCAGGCCACCCUGAGGGAGAGGAGGCUCUGCUGGGCACCCGGAGGCCAGUUCCCACAGGGCAAGGCCAGCCACACUCAGCACAAUGAGGGCUUCUCUGACAACCUGUUUCUGCAACAGGCUAUUGCGGACGCAGAAUCCCUGGUGCAGAGGCUGCGCACGGCUGCCGAAGAUGCUGAGGAAAAGGUCUCCCUAGCCCGGCUGAAGCUGCGGGAGCAGAUGCAGGAAGGUCAGUCCUGUGUAGUGAAAUGCUGUACUUGUUCCUGGGAGAGACGGGUCUACAGAAAAGUCCUGCCUAGCACUCCCACACCCUGAAGGACAAAGUGAGCAAAAGGCAUGAGGCUCCUUCUCAAGCAAUCAGAGGUCAUACAAUCAUAAAGUUGGAGGGGACCCAAGCGUCAUCUAGUCCAACCCUUGCAAUGCAGGAAUCUCAGCUAAAGCACCAAUGACAGAUGGCCAUCCAACCUCUGCUUAAAAACCUCCAAGGAAGGAGAGUCCACCACCUCUCGUGGGAGUCUGUUCCACUGCUGAACAGCUCUUACUGUGAGAAAGUUUUUUUCCGAAUGUAUAGUUGGAAUCUCCUUUCUUGUAACUUGAAGCCAUUGGGUUGAGUCCUACCCUCCGGAGCAGGAGAAAACAAGCUUGCUCCCUCUUCCCUGUUACAGGCCUUGAGAUAUCUCCUCUCAGUCUCCUCUUUUCCAGGCUAAACAUACCCAGCUCCUUCAACUGCUCCUCAUAAGGCUUAGUUUCCAGACCCUUUAUAGCAUCUUGGUCACCCUUCUCUGCACCCCUUCCAGCUUGUCAACAUCCUUCUUAAAUUGUGGCGCCGAGAACUGGACACAGUAUUCCAGGUCUAGUCUGACCAAGGCAGAAUAGAGUGGGACUAUUGCUUCCAUUGAUCUGAACACUAGACUUCUGUUGAUGCAGCCCAGAGUAGUGCUAGCUCUUUUUUUCCUGCUGCAUCACACUCUUAACUCAGGUUAAGCUUGUGGUCCAGUGCCAGCAGGUGGGUGGUUGGGAACAAUUCUUCUGGGAGGGGAGAAGAACUGCCACUUCCCAGUCUGAUCCAGUCAUAGAGUCAAGAGAAUUGUAGAAUUGGAAAUGUCCCCGAGGGUCAUCUGGACCAAGCCCCUGCAAUCCAAGAACUGGGAUGCUCCAGAUGGCCGUUUUUUGUUUUUUUAAAUGAUAUUUAUUAAAGUUUCACAUGAAAAGAGACACAUUAAUAAAAAAAAAGAAUUUAAAAAUAAAAAGAAAAAUACACAUUACAGGUUACAGAAUACAAAAAGAAAAAAGAAAAAACAGUUAAAAACAAUUCCAUCUUUUCAUCACUACUUUUACAUUUACUUAUUUCCCGGACCUCCUCAUACCUCCCUCUUUUGUAUUCCAAUUAAGUUUGUUUGUCCAGCAAUUCCUUUCCCUGCUUUUUAUUUUUAUUUUUUUUUUAAAUAAUUUUUAUUAAAGUUUUAAACAAAGAAAAAAGAAAAAGCAACACACACACAAAAAACAAUACAAAAUUUAACAAUAGAAACACACAACAUAACAAUUUAAAACAAACUCUCUUUUACAUUCCCAAUUUUGAAUUACUUAUUUUCUGGACUUCCUCAUACCUCCCUCUUUUGUAUUCCAAUCUACAUUAUUUGUCCAGCAGUUUCUUUUCCACUUUUUUAAACCCAAUCUUUAAUUUAAUGAAAUAUUAAACUAUAUAGCUUCAACUUUUUUAAACAUAAUCCUUGUUCUUAAUGUCAUAUACCUUUAAAUUUUUCCCUUUUAUUAUCAAAUUUCCAUUUCUUUAAACAUCUUUAAUCUUAAUCUUUAAUCUUAAUCUAUCCUUAGCUUUAACCUGUACAGCUGGAAACCACUUAUUUUCAAUCCAACAUCACUCUAACAUUCCUUAAUUUUGCAGUGUUUCUGAAGAUAGUCUUUGAAUUUCUUCCAAUCUUCCUCCAUCGACUCUUCUCCCUGGUCACGGAUUCUGCCAGUCAUUUCCGCCAAUUCCAUGUAGUCCAUAAGUUUCAUCUGCCAUUCCUCCAGCGUGGGAAGUUCUUGUGUCUUCCAAUACUUUGCGAUGAGUAUUCUUGCUGCUGUUGUUGCAUACAUAAAGAAAGUUCUAUCCUUUUUUAACACCAUUUGGCCCACUAUGCCCAGGAGAAAGGCCUCUGGUUUCUUGGGGAAGGUAUACUUAAAUACCUUUUUAAUUCAUUAUAUAUCAUUUCCCAGAAAACCUUAAUCUUUGGGCACGUCCACCAUAGGUGAAAAAUGGUACCGUCAGUUCUUUACAUUUCCAACAUUUGUUAUCGGGCAAGUGAUAGAUUUUCGCAAGCUUGACUGGGGUUAUGUACCACCUGUAUAUCAUUUUCAUAAUAUUCUCUCUUAAGGCAUUACAUGCCGUAAAUUUCAUACCAGUGGUCCAUAACUGUUCCCAGUCAGCAAACAUAAUGUUGUGUCCUACGUCCUGUGCCCAUUUAAUCAUAGCCGAUUUUACCGUUUCAUCUUGAGUAUUCCAUUUCAGCAGCAAGUUAUACAUUCUUGACAGAUUCUUGGUAUUGGGUUCUAACAAUUCUGUUUCUAAUUUUGAUUUUUCCACCUGGAAGCCAAUUUUCCUGUCUAAUUUAAAUGCCUCCAUUAUUUGAUAAUAAUGAAGCCAGUCUCGCACUUUGUUUUUUAAUUUUUCAAAACUCUGCAAUUUCAGUCUAUCUCCGUCUUGUUCCAAAAUUUCCCAAUAUUUCGGCCAUUUGACCUCCAUAUUGACCCUUUUCAAGGCUUUCGCUUCCAUUGGUGACAGCCACCUUGGGGUUUUAUUUUCUAGCAAAUCCUUAUAUCUAAUCCAAACAUUAAAUAAUGCUUUCCUGACAAUGUGGUUUUUAAAUGCUUUGUGUGCUUUGACCUUAUCAUACCAUAAAUAUGCAUGCCAUCCAAAUACAUUAUUGAAACCUUCCAAAUCCAAAAUGUCAGUGUUUUCAAGAAGUAGCCAUUCUUUCAACCAGCAAAAAGCUGCUGAUUCAUAGUAAAGUUUGAGGUCUGGCAGGGCAAAUCCACCUCUUUCCUUUGCAUCUGUUAGUAUUUUAAAUUUUAUUCUAGGUUUCUUGCCCUGCCAGACGAAUUUAGAAAUAUCUUUCUGCCACCUCUUGAAACAGUCCACUUUGUCAACAAUCUGCAAAGUUUGAAACAAAAACAACAUUCUAGGCAAUACAUUCAUUUUUAUCGCAGCAAUACGGCCUAGCAGUGAAAGCUUCAAGUUUGACCAAAUUUCUAAAUCUUUUUUCACUUCUGACCAACAUUUUUCAUAGUUGUCUUUAAAUAAAUUCCCAUUUUUUGCUGUCAUAUUAAUCCCCAGGUAUUUAACUUUCUUAACCACUGUUAACCCUGUCUCAUUCUGAAACCUCUCUCUUUCAAACGGUGUUAAAUUUUUCUCUAAAACCUUGGUUUUUAAUUUGUUCAAUUUAAAUCCUGCCACUUGACCAAAUUCUUGAAUCAGUUCUAAAACCCUUUUUGUACUAGAUUCUGGCUCCUGUAACGUCAAUACUAAGUCAUCUGCAAAAGCUCUCAAUUUAUAGUGUUUAGUUCCGACCUGUAUACCUUUAACCAACUGGUCCCUUCUAAUCAUGUUCAGCAACACCUCCAGAACCAAAAUAAAAAGAAGAGGGGAAAUUGGGCACCCUUGUCGUGUCCCUUUUUCAAUUUUAAGUUCUUCCGUCACAACGUUAUUUACAAUUAGUUUAGCCUUUUGUUCAGAAUAAAUUGCACCUAUACCAUUCUCAAAACCUUGGCCUACCCCCAUACCCUGAAGAUUCUUCUUCAUAAAAUUCCAAGAAAUAUUGUCAAAGGCUUUCUCCGCGUCUACAAAUAUCAACACUGCUUUAGUGUUUAUAUUCACUUCUAAUUUUUCCAAAAUAUCAAUUAUAUUCCUUAGGUUAUCAGACAAGUGUCUUCUUGGGAGAAAGCCCGCUUGGUCUUGAUGAAUCUCUUCCAACAACACUUUUUUAAAUCUCUUCGCCAAAAUAUCUGCAAAAAUUUUGUAAUCCACAUUAAGUAAUGAUAUUGGGCGGUAGUUCUUUAGUUGAGUCUGAAUGGCACCUUCUACCUCCUGUUCAGUUAUUUUAUAGUUCAACAUUAAUUUAUUUUCUUGAGAUAUUUUUUGUAAUCCAUUUGUUUUCAAAAAUUGGUCUAAGUCUGUUUCUUUCACGGGCCCUUGAGUGUAUAGUCUUUUAAAAUACUUCUGGAAACAACUUCUAAUUUCUGCAGGGUUCUGUAUAUUCCUUCCAUCCACUUCUAUAUUCGUAAUCGUAUUUAAUUUUUGUCUCUUUUUCAUUUGCCAUGCCAACAGUUUACCACAUUUAUUAGCCGAUUCAAAAGUCUUUUGUCUCAUUUGUUUAAUUUUCCAUUCUAUUUCCUGAUUCAUUAUUUUCAUAUAUUGUACUUGAUAUAACUUCAGCUCUCUCAGAGUCUCUUGAGAUUUAGGAUUUACUCGCAAUCUUUUUUCGCAUUCAUUCAUUUUAUUCAUAAUUUUAUCCUUCUUCUCGUUUUGAGUUCUUUUCUUUAUCGCAUUCUGUUGUAUUAAGAACCCUCUCAUCACAGCUUUACUUGCAUCCCAGAUUACUCUUUUCUCCACGUUGGAACUAAGAUUUAUCUCAAAGUAGUCUUUUAAAGUUUUUUGGGCCUUCUUAAGAAAUUCUUCAUCUCUGAAUAAGGUGUCAUUCAUCUUCCAUCUGAAGGAGCCAGUUGGCAUUAGUCUCAUUUCCAUCUUAACAGCAUUAUGGUCGGAGCAAAUUUUUGGGCAGAUUUCCACCUUUGUUUUUUUGGUGCCAUUCCUCUAGUUAUCCAAAUUUGGUCAAUUCUUGUCCAAGUCAUUUUGGCUUCAGAAAAGAAAGUUCCUUCUUUUGCCAAGGGGUUUCUAAUUCUCCAAAUAUCCACUAAAUCCAAGUUGUCUGUCAUAUCAAAAAAGGUUCUCGGUAGUCUACCAUCUUUGGUGACUACCUGUUUUUGUGCCUUGUCCAUAUAGGUAGAUACCACUCCAUUCAUAUCUCCCAUCAAAAUUAUGUUGUAAUCCAUAUGGUCCAUCAAGGUCUCAUGCAACUUCUUAAAAAAAUUGGAUUUCCCAUCAUUUGGUGCAUAAACUCCUACGAUCAAAAAUUUUUCUCCUUGUGUUUGAAUUUCAAUUGCCACAAAUCUUCCUUGGUCAUCCUUGAAAACAAAUUUUGGUGAUAAAUUAUCUUUUGCGUAGAUCACAACUCCUCUCUUUUUAACUUUAUCCGACGAAAUAAAUUCCUGACCAAGUCUUUUGUUUGUUAACAAUUUCCUGUGUAGUCUCGUUAUAUGUGUUUCUUGUAAACAAAUUAAAUCUAAUUGUUCCUUUUUUAAUAUGUGAAAUACUGACUUCCUCUUCUGAGGGGAAUUCAAACCCCGACAGUUCCAUGUUAAAAGUUGCAGGGCCAUGAUGUUAUUGUUUUGAUACUCCUCCUACUGCACCUAGUGCCUGUUCCUCGUCCGUCGGUGGUAUCCCUUCUUUCGAGCGAUCUUUUGGUUCCGGAAAUAGUUCUUUUUGUAAGUCUUCUCCGUGGUCUCUGUAGAAUUUAUCUUUAUCGUCUUCCGAUCUUAUUUUCCUCUUCUUUCCCUUGUAGGUAAAAGACAGGCCUUGAGGGAGUUCCCACCUGAAAUUGAUGUUGUUCCUUCUCAGCAGGAUAACCAGGUCUUUAUAUUUUGAUCUGAGAUCCAGAAUAUAUUUCGGAAUGUCUUUGAAUAUUUCCACCCUUUUCUGAUGAAUUUCCAAUGUUUUCCUGAAGUGUAGGCCCAAAAUCUUAUCCCUCUCUUCUUUUGUUCUAAAAGUAAUCAGACAGUCUCUCACUUUCUUUUCUCCUUUUCUCCCAAGUCUAAAUGCGUUUACUAUUUUGAAACUGUCUUUUGCCAGUUCUGGAUCCCAAAAGUCCAAAAAUUCCUGCGUGAGAAAUUCAGCUAAAUUGUCCUUUUCCACCUCUGGUACUGAUCUGACCCGAAGAUUCACUUGCUUCUCCCUCAAAUCUAUCAUAGACAGAGUUAGUUUAUGGUCUUCCAAUUGUUUAUGCAAUGUUGGUAAUUCCUCUUGAACCUCCUUAACAUCCGUAGCAGAAGUUGUAGCAAUUUCUUUAGCCUCUUCAGCAAUCUGGCGAGUUGCGGCCGAUUCCUCUAAUAAUUUCUGAAUAGUCUCAGUGUUGGUAUUUACUUUUUGGCCCAAAUUAUUUAUACUUGCUGUAUUUUGAUCAAUCUUCUCACAAGCCUCUGCUACUUGUUGACUUAUUUUACUCAAAGAUUCAUUAACUUUGGCCAAAACUUGAGCAAAGGCUUCUUCACUUGUCGAGCUUUUUACCUUUGAUUGUGCCGAUGAGGCUGUUGUUGAGGUUCCAGAAGGGCCUGAGACCGAAGCUCUCCUUUGUAAUCCUUCUUCUAUGCGAAUAUUCCUCCCCGAUCUUGUAGUCGAAGCCUCCGUCUUCUCUUUAUCUGCCAUUCCUUAGAUAAUUCUCAAGGUCAGACACGUAGUUAGAAUUGUACAGUGGAAAUUUCCUUCCAAAUAGUGUGAGAACUCCUCAAGCCUGCUACAGUUACAGUUGUAAUAAGUUGCAACAGUUCCAGGUUCCACUAGGGGACACUGUAACAGUCCUAAAAGUUCUUGGAUACUUUAAUUUCCUUUUAAGUCCCCUAGUUUGUUUAACAGGGAAUCAAUCUAUCACAGUUUUCAGCUUAAGACCAGGAGAUAUAUAUUCACAAGAUCUUAUCCAAACUUUUUAACCAAUGCAGGACUAGCUGUCAAAAUAUAUUACAUGACAGUACCUCUUUUUCCCCUAGGAUCUGGAGAGUCCUUUCCCAGGAAAUUGAGUGAUGGUUUAAUCUCUUCUUUUCCACUCUUUAUAAAGAAAUCACCUCCAAAGAUCUCCCCUAUUUUCCCUCAGUUUAUAGAGGGAAAAGUCCAGGUUCAGUGAUUGGAUUAAAGUCCUCUAAAAGCGUCCUUUCCAAAAGCUUCCGUUUUCAAGUUCAAUGCUUUAAGUCUAUCUACAAUAGAAGGAGGUUGACUUCCUUUUAAACCUCCUCCGUUUUCAGCCUGAUUUCAGAUCUAAUUUGUACAGUUCCAAUUUGAGUAAAUCCUACUCACGGAUCGUUGCUUUCCAAGUCCGAAUUUCAAGAAAGAAAGGCAGCGCUCUCCGAUUGACAGCUUGCGGCUUCACUCCACGAACGAGCAGACAGCCCACAGCACCGCGCUCUCCCCCGCUCCGAUUUCAAGCCCGUUUCUGGGCUUUUUGCCGGGUUGGGGGAACACCAAAUGUGCCCGCUGGGUCCCAGGUUCACAGGCUUCCCCGCCGGUGAUUUUUAGGGGUCCCCCGCUGCGCCGAAGCGGGAUUCGACCCUUUUUUCGUGGGGCUUAUUCCCUCUGACCGAGGGAAUCCGCCAUCAAUCGCUGGCGCCGCCUCCGGAAGUCCUCAACUAAAGAACUUUCCCUGCUUUUUAAUCCCAAUCCUUGAUCUUAAUAUAAUAUAACAUUAAAUUUUUACCUAUUAAAAACCAGUUUUCCAUUCUUUUAACCUUUUUAAUCCUAAUCCUUAAUCUUGAUCUAUAUAUAACUUUAAAGCCUGUACAGCUAGAAGCCACUUAAUUUCAAUCCAACAUCACUCUAACAUUCUUUAAUUUUGCAAUAUUUCUGUAAGUAAUCUUUGAAUUUCUUCCAAUCUUCUUCCACCGACUCUUCUCCCUGGUCACGGAUUCUGCCAGUCAUUUCCGCCAAUUCCAUAUAGUCCAUCAAUUUCAUCUGCCAUUCCUCCAGUGUGGGUAGCUCUUGUGUCUUCCAAUACUUUGCGAUGAGUAUUCUUGCUGCUGUUGUAGCAUACAUAAAGAAAGUUCUAUCCCUUUUUAACACCGAUUGGCCGACUAUGCCCAGGAGAAAGGCCUCUGGUUUCUUCAAGAAGGUAUAUUUAAAUACCUUUUUUAAUUCAUUAUAUAUCAUCUCCCAGAAAGCCUUAAUCUUUGGGCACGUCCACCAAAGGUGAAAAAAUGUACCUUCAGUUUCUUUACAUUUCCAACAUUUAUUAUCAGGCAAAUGGUAGAUUUUUGCGAGCUUAACUGGGGUUAUGUACCACCUGUAUAUCAUUUUCAUAAUAUUCUCUCUUAGGGCAUUACAUGCCGUAAACUUCAUACCUGUGGCCCAUAACUGUUCCCAGUCAGCGAACAUAAUGUUGUGUCCAACGUCUUGUGCCCAUUUAACAGAUGGCCGUUUUCUUUGUGUUGGGAAAGUCCUCUAAUGGCUUUGUUUUCUCUUCCAGUCUGUGAGGCCUGUUAGAGUGAGGUCUGCCCACAUCUUGUGCUUUGCAUUGCCCUGCUGUUCCAAGGAGCUCAUAGGGGCAACUUUGCCUCAGAGUAAACCCAUAAGAACUUUGGAAGCGCAUUUCAGCAGAAUCAGGCCAAAUGGGGUGAAUCAGGUCCAUCUGGUCUGGCCUCCUGGUCUCAGUGGCUCAGCAGGUGCCCCCAAGCAAAGUCCACAAGCAGGACUGGAGCAGCAACUUUCCCCACUUGUCAUUCCCAGCCAUUGAUCACCUGGCCAUGAAAUUUUCUAAUCUUUUAAAGCCUCCUUAGGCAGUGAGUUCCAUAGUUCAACUAUGGGCUGUGUGAAGAAGUCCUUCCUUUUAUCUGUCUGGAAUCUUCCAAUAUUCAGCUUCGUUGGAUGUCCCUGAGCUCUAAUGUUUUGAGAAAGGGAGACAAACUUUAUCUGUUUUAUCCAUACCAUAUCCAUACAAUGAAUAAUUUUAUGCUUUUCUAGCAUGUCACCUCUUACUCACUAAAAAGUCCCGAGCGCUGUAACCUUUCUUCAUAAGGGAGUCGCUCCAUCCCUCCCCCUUGAUCAUUUUUGCAGCCUUUUUCUGAACCUUUUCCAAUUCUACAGUAUCCUUUGUGAAGAGCGAUGACCAGAACUGGACACAGCAUUCCACAUGCAGUCACACCAGAGAUUGGUAUAAAGGCAUUAUGAUAUCAGCAUUUUUAUUUUCAUAGAAUCCUAGAGAUAGAGAGUUGGAAAAGACCUAAAGGGUCAUCUGGUCCAGCCCUGUGCAAUGCAAGAAUCUCAUGAUCAUGCAACGUCUGCUUUAAAACCUCUGCAGCUGAGUCCGCUCUCUCCAAGGGUUGAAAGUUCUUCUACAUUUAGCUGGAAUCUCUUGUAACUUGAAUCCAUUAGUUCAAGUCUUACCACCUGGAGCAGGAGAAAACAAGCUUGCUCCAUCUUUUAUCUGGCAGCCCUUUGGAUAUUUGAAGAUCCUUGAAAUAUCCAUUUUUUGCUUUGGUCCUUGCUACUGUCGAUGCUGCAGCAUCAAGGGGUGUCUGGAGCCCGCAGUGAGCCAUGUCAGGACCACAGUGCAGCAGUGCUCAGAGUUGUGCUGGUUUUUCAGGGUCAGCAGAAGAGUUCCAUGGCCUGAAGUGCUCUGUGCAGGAGCUGGAUGAUGUGCUCUUGAAAGACGUGGGUGGGAAAAUCCAUGCAGAUGGACGGUGAGUUGAAGGGAAAGCACUUUCACUAGACAUUGGGGGUCCUGGCCAGCAUCUCCCACAGCCUCCCCUUCCCUGCACCAAAAGGCCCCCUCUUUGGCCUCACAGUCUUAGCCCCUCCCAUUUCGCAGCUGCUGAGGCCCCUGCCCAUGAAGUUUCAGUUGCUGGGCAGUGUGGAAGACUUGCUCCCUCUUGUGCUUUCUCCCCAUAAGGUGGCCACUGGUCAUUGACCCUUCUGGGCAGGCAGCCAUCUUCCUGCGCUAUCGGGACACCAACUUUCUGAACACGGUGAACCCCAGCGACAUGGCUGAGGAGACCAUUCGCCUGGCAUUGCUGGGCUCUCUACGGUAGGGACACAAGCCAAAUGCCGGGCAGAGAGGCUGCCCACUGCCAGGCAGAAACACCUGGGGGAGAGAAGCACUGCUGCUGCUGCCACCUGAUGACCUACAGCCGUGGCAGGAGUGAGGUAGCAUCCAAAGGCAUCUGGUCCACUGAGCAAGAGGCAAAGACUUGCCCUCUCCUGUCUCCUCCAGAUAUGGGAAGCCCCUUGUCUUUGACAUGAUGGAGGUGAACAUGUUUGACACAGUGAAGAAGCAGCUGGAACGGCUUAAACCAGGCUUGGCAGAGGCACUGCUGGACAAGAAGAUCCUACAGAAUGAGAGGUGGGACAGUUGACCUUCCAACCGCUGUUUAAAAGCCUCCAUGAAAGGAAAGCCCACCACCAUCCAAGGGAGUCUGCUCCACUGUCAGACGACUCUUAGCAUCAGUCCUGUCAACUGACAAAUGGGUGCCCAAAUCAAGAGAGCCAGUGGUUUUCUCAAUACCUUUAGUGCCUCCCCGCCUCCUACCGAGAGGGUGCUUGCUCCCCCUCCUUCAGUCUGCUCUCUCUCUCAUUCCCAUCUUUCUCCAUUCUGGGCACUUGCUUCCCCCAUGACCCUUCUAAUGCUCCAGCCAGGCUUUGGGCAGCCUGCCAUGCAAGUCCCAACCCCCCACCCCAGGACCGAUGGGAGAUUUAUUUCAACCUGCUCUUGCAGCUUCAUUCUUUUGUGGGUUUCUACCAGAUUUUUUAUUUCUGCAAAAUUCCAGACUUGUCAUAGCUUUUUGCCACCUCCCACUUGGGUGCGGAUGGUACUCUUUUUGUUGUAUAGUAAGUGGCACAGAAAUGAAGAGCAGGAUGCUUUGGGCAGAAAUUAAUGGCCCUGUGCUCCGUGAGCAGAUGCCCCCAAGCCCCACCGAGCGAAUAUAUUCAUUGCCCAGAGCACUGGUCCUGCUUUAGGAAGCCAAGAGGCAGCGUGGAAGGUCAAGGGUCCUCCUCCCCCUGCCCCCCAAGCAGCAGCAGCACAGGGGCCGCUUUCUAUGAGACUUACUCCCGCCUUGCUCUGUCUGCAAUCUUGCAGGUAUCUCUCCCUACGGAGGCCAACAGAUGGGCCUGAAUAUGCAGAGACAGAGUUUCAAGCAGCUCGAAUAGAAAAAUUCAAACUCUUCAUUGUAACUAAACAGCAGCAUCCUCCCGAAGAGAUGCUGCAGCGGCUCCUUCCGAUCCAGGUCAUCCUGUCCCGGUAGGCAAUGCACUGCAGGCGGCCUCAUCCAGUGCUGGACAUUAAAGGAAAACCUGAGCAGCGGGUUUGUGUCCUGUAAUGAAUCUUGUAGGCCCAGCACCCUGCAGGUUCUCUGCAAAGAGCUGGCUACCUGCAAAGCAAGGGGGCAAGUGGUUGCCAGCCCCCACCAGUGGCUGCAGGUGCUGCUGGCCCCCAAGUGAAGCUGUGGCCCUUAGCAGGCUGCAGCCUCACUAAGACUUGCUUGUUUUCCCCCCUAGAAAGCGAGGCUUUCGGAGAGCCCCCUUCUCAUACCAGCGUCCCUUUGCCCUGUGAAAAGUACAUCCCAAAGCCUUGGGGCCAGUCCUCACCUCAGCCAUGAAGCCUUUUCUUAGCACAACUCAUUCCCCUUGACUCUUGCAAGCAGGCAGGCAGGCAGGCUUGAAUGCAAAUAAAGGUUUCCUUGAAAAGGUGCCUCUUGAGAAUUUC